UUAUUAAAAGAAAAAAUUACAAAUUUGUAAUCCCAACAAAAAAAAAGUCAAUAUCAAUAAAAUAAAAAAAUAAAUAUGGCAUCGAAAAAAAGUGUUUUGGCCGUUGGUGGUAUUGUAACUGCGGUUGCUGCAUAUUAUUAUCUUAAACCAUCUAGCUGCCCAAAACAUAAAAUGGUUGAUCCAGCUACCCUUAGUAAAUUGGAAGCCGGUUUCCAAAAAUUACAAAAUGCUCAAGAUUGUCAUUCAUUAUUGAAAAAAUAUUUAACACGUGAUGUAUUUGAUCAGCUUAAAAAUAAAAAAACCGAUAUGGGUGCUACAUUAUUGGAUGUCAUACAAUCUGGUGUUGAAAAUUUGGAUAGUGGUGUUGGUAUUUAUGCACCGGAUGCUCAAUCAUACAAAACAUUUGCUGCUUUGUUUGAUCCAAUUAUUGAUGAUUAUCAUAAAGGUUUCAAACCAACCGAUAAACAUCCAAAAACCGAUUUUGGCAAUAUUGAAAAUUUUGUUAAUGUUGAUCCUAAAAAUGAAUAUGUUCUUUCUACUCGUGUUCGAUGUGGACGUUCAUUGAAUGGUUAUCCAUUCAAUCCAAUGUUAACUGAAGCUCAAUACAAAGAAAUGGAAACCAAAGUAAAAGGACAAUUGGCUACAUUCGAAGGUGAAUUGAAAGGCACCUAUUAUCCAUUGUUGGGCAUGGAUAAAGCAACACAACAACAAUUGAUCGAUGAUCAUUUCUUGUUCAAAGAAGGUGAUCGAUUUUUGCAAGCUGCUAAUGCAUGCCGAUAUUGGCCAGUUGGUCGUGGUAUCUUCCAUAAUGAUAAAAAAACAUUCUUGAUGUGGGUCAAUGAAGAAGAUCAUUUGCGUAUCAUUUCCAUGCAAAAAGGUGGCGAUCUUAAAGAGGUUUAUGGACGUUUGGUCAAGGCUGUCAAGCACAUUGAACAAAAGAUUCCAUUCUCUCGUGAUGAUCGUCUUGGUUUUUUGACAUUCUGUCCAACCAAUCUUGGUACAACAAUUCGUGCUUCGGUUCAUAUUAAACUUCCAAAAUUGGCAGCUGAUCGUAAAAAAUUGGAAGAAGUUGCUGGUCGUUAUAAUCUUCAAGUUCGUGGUACAGCCGGUGAACAUACUGAAAGUGUUGGUGGUAUUUAUGAUAUUAGUAACAAACGACGAAUGGGUCUUACAGAAUAUCAAGCUGUUAAAGAAAUGCAAGAUGGUAUUCUUGAACUUAUCAAAAUGGAAAAAUCAAUGUAAACAACGAGGAAAUUGUUUUCAUUCGAUUUCUAGUUUUUUUUUUGUUUUUGAAAUUUUAAUCUAAAAUAAUAACUCACACAGAAGAUUAAAAAUUCAUCACAAAAUAUUUUA